AUGUACCGCAACUCCGAUUCAAUAGUCAGGACCGCUGUUGGUGAUACCACCCCCUUCCCCAUAACCGUAGGCGUGCAUCAGGGCUCCGUCUUAAGCCCCUAUCUCUUCAGUGUGAUAUUAGACGAACUGUCAGCCAGCGUACAGAAACUAUCGCAGCCUUGUCUGCUUAUGUACGCUGAUGAUAUCGCACUGGUAGAUGGGGACAAAGGACGGCUCACCAGACGUGUGCACGCAUGGAAGGAGGCGCUUGAGAACGGCGGGCUGAAGCUAAACGUGGCGAAGACGGAGUAUAUGGCCUGCAACAGCACAGAUCUGACGUCUCUCCGUAUAGGCGACGACACCGUCGAGCGCACGGACAACUUCAGAUAUAGCUUCACAUAUUUCAAGAGCAAUUUCAAGGCAGAUUAUUACGGACCACACGGAGCAGCUAAUUACGGACCACAUUUAGCCAAAAAAAAUUGGGUUUAG